AUGGACCUCAAACCAUUCAAGCUCGACAUUGAUGAGCUCAUCCAGGAGUUUGCUGAGAGUGAAUCAACUACUUUGUCUGACUUCAAAAAGAUCUGGCUUUCGAGGAAGUUCUCAUUUAUAUUCGAGGCUAGACCUUCCACAAACCAAGGUUUCUUUAUGCAGUCAUUGUAUGCGCAUUCCAUCGGUCACAUGAUUUCAGCAGGUUCUCUCUCAACUAGAUUGGGUGGGCUCUACUGCUUGUAUUGCUUGUACGAAACACAGCCAUUCAAGCCACCUUCCAAAAUUUAUUUGUCUCUUGGCGAGUUGAGGCACCUCAGGACCCUUGCUCUUGAGGCAAAGACAAGGGGUGUGACAAUGGUUUCUACUUUACUGAAGUGUAUGUUAGAAAGGAACAUGUUUCUUUUCGGGUUUGUAGGUGUAAAUGAAGACUCUGCUACAAAAAGAGUGAAUGAGCUUACAGAUAUACAGAAUGCUCGUGUCCAAACAGCUUAUAGGAAGUUAUUUGCUGAUUCGCGACUGGGUCACUUCAUCCACAUGGACCUGGGCACGGAGCUUGAUGUUAAUUUGCUCAAGGAAAAAUCAUCAGAUUAUGCAUUGGCCAAGGAAAUUGCCAUUAAAGAGGCUGGCCAAGUGAUAGACGUCGAAAAUAUAAAGCACAUAGUUGAAAAUAAGAAAGUGAUAGGGGAGGUGGUGGAGAAGGCUGCUACAGAUUGGAAUUCGGAGAAAGAAAUGCUGUAUGAAAGAACAGGUCUUUCGGUUGCUUUAUCUCAAGACAACGAAGAAGAAGAAGAGAACGAGUAUGAAAGGUACAAUCAGAAUAUGCAGAAUAGCAAUAAAGAAGAAGAAGCUGAUACUUUUGGUAAGGAACUAGAAGUUUUAUUAACAAAAGAGGGCUGA